UGCACCUCCAUCUUAGACUGCGGCAGCUCAGAGGGGGCGAGAGAGAUCCGCUGAGAGAGAGAGAGAGAUGGUGUCGCUGAAGCUCCAGAAGCGUCUCGCCGCCAGCGUGCUGAAGUGCGGCAGAGGGAAGGUGUGGCUGGACCCCAAUGAAGUCAACGAGAUCUCCAUGGCCAACUCUCGGCAAAAUAUCAGGAAGCUGGUCAAGGAUGGGUUUAUCAUCAGAAAGCCGACAAAGAUUCACUCUCGCUCUCGUGCUCGCCGAAUGAAGGAGGCCAAGAGAAAGGGCCGUCACUCAGGAUAUGGUAAACGCAAGGGUACAAGGGAGGCUAGGCUGCCAACCAAAAUCCUCUGGAUGAGGAGGAUGCGUGUUUUGAGGCGCUUGCUCCGCAAGUAUAGAGAAUCUAAGAAAAUUGACAAGCACAUGUACCAUGAUAUGUACAUGAAGGUGAAGGGUAAUGUGUUUAAGAACAAGCGUGUGCUGAUGGAAAGCAUCCAUAAGUCCAAGGCUGAGAAAGCAAGAGAGAAAACCCUAGCUGACCAGUUUGAGGCCAAGAGGGCUAAGAAUAAGGCAAGCAGAGAGAGGAAACAUGCAAGGAGGGAGGAAAGAUUGGCCCAGGGACCUGGAGAACAACAAGCACCACCUGCAGCCGCACCUGUUGCUGAGUAAGUAGCUGCCAAGAAGGCGAAGAAGUGAGAUCCACGAUGAGCAGAAGUGUAGUAGGUGAAAGUUAGUGGAUCAAUGCUGGUUCAAGUGAUCAUGUUAGAUCAAUUUUGUCGAUUUGACUCUAUCCCUUGUUUUCUCUGAAGUUGUUACUUUAUUAUACAGUAGAAGGAAGAGGAUUAUGAAAAAUCCAGGAACCAUGUUGGAAUUCGUUUCUUAA